ACGAUUAACCACUCAUUCGCUUGCAUUGAAUCGAAAGCGAUUUAUGCGGCAUAAGCACCGCACAUCCUGCAAAUCGAAGAAUUACAUUCCAUUUCAUUUGUUGAUAUAUAGUCCCCAGAUGUAUAUCUCCUUCCUUUGGCUUCGAUAAUGGUAUAAACCCAGGAUGCCCCCACACAAUUUGAUUCUGUUUCUCCACUCUUUAGCCAUUUCCAUCAUGUAUUUAUACCUCCAAGGAAUCAUGGGCCGGAAGAACAGAGGAAUGAGCAAAAGAAGCCCAUGCCCAUCCAAAAUCUGUAACAAUUCCGCUGUUGUUGUUGACCCCACUUGUUUUUCAUGUACAACGUUCAAUAUUCUUGCUCCGAUAUACAAGCGCCUUACGUAUGAGGGUCGGGCUUGCAGAGAGAGUACUGUUCGGGCCUAUUGGUUGAGUAGAAAUGAGAAGAUCUUAUACUUGUUGUUGCGACAACGUUCCUCCAUUAUAUGUUUGCAGGAAUUUUGGGUUGACAAUGAGGAACUUGUGGAUAUGUAUGACACAAAGCUUGGGGAUGCAGGUUAUGUCAGUUUCAAGCUUCCACGAACGAAUAAUCGUGGGGAUGGCUUGUUAACUGCUGUCCAUAAAGACUACUUUCGAGUUAUCAACCAUAGAGAAUUCCUCUUCAACGAUUUUGGAGACCGGGUUGCUCAGCUUUUGCACGUUGAAGUAAUUGCGCCCUUUGCACAAUGCCGAUCCAAGAACAUGUGUCGUGAAAUGCUUAUAGUGAACACUCAUUUGUUAUUCCCGCAUGAUUCAAGUCUGUCUUUGGAAAGACUGAGACAGGUGUACAAAAUCUUGCAGUCUGUUGACGCUUAUCAAAAAGAGAACAAUCUUGAUCCUUUGCCAAUUAUUUUAUGCGGUGACUGGAACGGGAGCAAACGAGGUCAUGUUUACAGGUUCUUGAGAUCGCAAGGAUUUGAAUCAUCGUAUGAUACAGCUCAUCAUUAUACAGAUGCCGAUGCACACAAGUGGGUUAGCCAUAGAAAUCAUCGUGGAAACAUAUGUGGUGUAGAUUUUAUAUGGUUUCUUAAUCCAAACAAAUAUCGAAAAUUACUAAAAACGAGUUGGAGUGAAGCCGUCUUUGGGUUGUUCAAGUAUCAAGUGAGUCGGGCCUCACUAACGGACGAAGAUGCAUUUGCAUUUUUGAAGGCGGUGAGCAACGGUGAUCAUAUUACGUACACGGGAUUUUGUGAAGCAUUGCGUCAGCUUAAUCUUAUAGGUAAAGCGUAUGGCCUUAGCGAGGAGGAAAUCGAAGACGUGUGGCUCCAAGCAGACAUCGAUGGAAAUGGCGUUCUCGACUACAAAGAAUUUCAGCAACGGAUAUGGAAUCCAAUGUGGAGUGAUCAAAUUGAAAGCCCAAACCAAGACGAAGAAGACAGUAUGAACGGUACGCGUGCCACGAUAGGAUUGGAUGUGAAAAAAGCAGAAUUAUUUCCAACAGAAACCGAAAAUGGAUGUUGGCCAGAAGACUAUUCUUUAUCGGAUCAUGCCAGCCUUACGGCUGUGUUUUCGCCUAUUAGAAUGACGAGCUCUCGGCUGAAUUCUUUGUAGUCUUGUUCUAUUUUUGAAGAAACGAAGAGUCAAAUGACGAUAUGGACCGCUCUCGGCAUGAGAAUGUUGAAGUGAUCAUCUUUGAUGGUGUGGGGGGUAUACUGGGAAACAUGAAGAAAAUAGAAUCUAGCUAUAGGAUGGAUUCUGAUUGUUCAGUAUAUGUAUUUGUAUAGAAAUAUCUAACAAACACUUGAAAAGACGAAGAAUGAUACGAAGAAGAUACAUGAAACUAUAGAAUAUAUUUCUUAUAAAAUCUUAUAAAAUGUGUUUCGAGAUAA